AUGGCCUUGAACUCGCGUUUGAAAAUCUUCCCUCACAGCAACUCCAUACGCAGGGGAUUUACCAUAGUUCUAUUCACGCAACAGCACUAUUCCAACUUGGAAUUUUUACUCUCCCACCUUUCCUCCGUUCCAAACUCACGCGAAAUUUUCAUUGUUUGGAGUAACCACGAGAGGGAUCCUCCGCCAAAUACCUAUCUUCCCAACACUGACAAGCCCAUACGAGUUCUCUCAUCUCCCUUUUACAAUCACAAGCAGCAUACGGUUUCUACACUGCCUGAGACGGAGUCAGCAGCACUUUUCGCCAUCAAUGGUGACGAUGGUCCAGUUCCUUCAACUGCAGAUAUAGAGUUUGCCUACGAGGGUCUGCACCUGCUAACUGUUGAGAAGGUACCCGUCAGUUCUGUAUGCGAUGCACAUCCCAGAGAUCUCAUCUCCACAGCCGUCCAUCAGCAUGGCAGGACGUGGUCCCAACAUCCCAGCCGUAUAGUCGGUUUUCACAAUGUGUCCACCCCGCCGAAGUCACACGCGGGACCACUGACUCCAGAUAGUUUUGCUGACAGCUCUGUCUUUCCGGUGUUCUUUCACAAGUACUAUCUCUCUCGCUACCUCGAAGAGCUGUCGGACAAGUUGAACUUUUUGCUUACGAGCCCAUUGGACUGUAUCGAGUUGGCAAUACCCAGAGUGGUGGAGCACCUCUCAGAGAGGCCAAGGUUGAACACUCUCCGCCGCUACAACGCGAACACCACUCAUCUUUAUCCUGCUACUACUGGCAAUGGCACUAAACAAAUCUUUAUCAAGGGUCUCGAUCUCGCCUCGCGACCCAUUGACGAACAUGGCGCCGGGAAACGCAAGAAGUGCUACCAAUUGGUAGAGGCGGCGCUACGGCAACAUUCCCGUCUGCCUUUCCGCAGUGCAAUCAGCUAUGCUCAGCCCUACAGGGACACUUGGCAGUAUCCACGACGACCCAAUCAAGAAGCACAAUCUAUGACUUAA